CAAACACCUCUGCCGAAUUCGAGUCAUUAGCUCUAGAGCAGUGUGACUCGACUGAUGCGAUAUGGAAAUUGCACCGCACGACCCGGGUUCAAAGCAGCUCCGACCCGACGAACCAGAGCUCGACCUCUACACCAUCCCAAGCCACUCUAGUUGGUUUUUGUGGGAUGAGAUUCAUGAAACUGAGAGAAUCGCAUUGAAGGAGUUUUUCGAUGGGAGGUCUAUAUCAAGAACACCAAAGGUGUACAAGGAAUAUAGGGACUUUAUUAUUAACAAGUAUAGAGAAGACCCUGCUAGGAAACUCACGUUCACCGAGAUUCGAAAGUCGCUUGUGGGUGAUGUUACUUUGCUGCACAAAGUCUUUAGUUUCUUGGAGAAAUGGGGGCUGAUUAAUUUUGGCGCAACUUCGGGGCGCAGUGAUGGUUUUGGUACCUUGGGUGAGGCCAGGACUACGGUUAAGGUUGAGGAAGCAGUCCCAAAUGCGGUCCGAGUGGGUGCAAAUCCAAGUGAUUCUAAGCCUGUUUCAGCCACACCUGUGGUGAUGGAGAGGGGGGAUGGAACUGCGAGUAAGAUUGCAUUGCCUCCAUUGGCUUCACACUUGAAUGUAUUCGGUGAUGUGAAGACUGAGAAGUUGGUUUGUGGUAAUUGUGAGGGACGCUCUGAUUCUGGACACUACACGUAUAGCAAGGGUGAUUUUCUACUCUGCACAAAGUGUUUUGAAAAUGGAAGCUAUGGGGAGAACAAAUUGAAAGAAGAUUUCAAGUAUAAUAAGCCAGUUGAAAAGAGUGGUAAUACUGGAGGUGAGUGGACUGAAGCAGAAACAUUACGUCUUUUAGAAUCAGUUGUGAAGCAUGGAGAUGAUUGGGAUCGUGUUGCUCAACAUGUUCAGACCAAGACCCAAGUUGAGUGUAUUGCUAAGCUUAUUGAUCUGCCUUUUGGGGAGGUUGUGUUGGGUUCUGGUCACAGAAAAGGUAAGCAUACUGGCAAUUCAGAUGGCUCAAAACAUGGUCAGUUAUCUUCAUCCGAGUGUCAAGAGACUAUCAAGGCCAAGAGUCAGAGCAAUGAGCAGACAAAUGACAGUGAGCAGAAUGGGAAUACUGCAAACCAAGGUCCCCCUUUGAAAAGACAAUGCACUGCUUCCCUUUCGGAUGCUAGUAGCCCUUUGAUCACACAGGUAUCUGCCUUAUCAACCUUGGUUGGUCCAUAUAUAACAGCUGCUGCAGCUGAGGCUGCUGUUACUGCACUAUGUGAGGAAACCACAUGUUCAAAAGAGAUAUUUAAUGCUGAAGACAAUUGUGUUACUAAUGGCUUGCAAUCUCCCGCUAUAAAUUGUGAGACAGAGAGUUCUAGGGUUCUUCAACUUGAAGAUGCAGAGAUGAUAGAAAGGCCAACUGAAUCAGCAAGCCAGGAUGCAUUUAAGAAAAAAGACGAUAUACCUCCAACUUUGCAAAUUAGAGCUGCCAUCGCAACAGGUCUUGGAGCGGCUGCUGCUCGUGCAAAACUACUAGCUGAUCAGGAGGAUAGAGAGAUUGAACAUCUUUUGGCAACCAUAAUAGGGACACAGAUGAAGAAGCUGCACUGCAAACUGAAGAAUGUUGAAGAACUGGAGCUGCUUAUGGAGAAGGAAUAUGUUGAAAUCGAAGAAGAAGAAAAGUCUCUGCUAGGAGAGCGAAUUGAUAUCAUACAGAAGACGCUCAACUCCGGUGUACCUAGAUGGAGGGAUCAUCCUUCUCUAAAACCCUGAAACAUGUCUACGUGUAGAGUAGAGCUGAAGAAACAAGAGUAGAGUAGCAAUAUGAGUAGGCAUCUUACGAAGAGCUUCUGUACACUCCCCGGAAUUCUCAUUGCCGCCGAUCUAAUAGAAAUUGUUGUACAAGUAUUAGAUCCUUAUUGUU